AUGAUAUCCCAAGCUACUGUAAUCCUAGUCCUGUUGGCCGCUGCACAUGCAAACCCAGACAAUUAUGGUCCAGUAUAUGCCUCUGGCCCUAUUCCGUACGGUUUCAACUACGCUGUGAACGACGCUUACAAGGGAACCAACUUCGGCCAGACGGAGAAGUCCGACGGAAAUAGCCUGUGGGGAUCCUACACCGUCGCCCUCCCCGACGGCCGCAAACAAACAGUUGACUACACUGCAAACCACGGCAGGGGAUUCGUGGCCAAGGUCAGCUACUCCGGCAAGACUCAGCACCCCAGAGUUUCCGGUCCUGCCGUCGUCUUCCCACAAAACGGAGGCGGAUACCACUAACUGUAUUUACCAAACCUCAUUUUCCAUGUAUAAUAGAGCAAAUGUAGAUAAUAUUUACAUACUGAAUAUAAAUCACAUCAUGAAAAAGUGGUUUAUUAAUUUAAACUGACUACUUGCAUAACAAAAUGAAUGCAAGCGCUUAAUAUCACACUAAUAAAUCAGACUUGAAAUGAUGUCAAUCUAAAUGAGUUUCAUACACCGAUACACUGUAUUUCUGCAACAGACCUACUUAAAAAUAAUUUCACAUGAAGGACUUUAAAUUGCUGAUAAAUACAUUAUGAAACACAAGAAGGUAAAUAAAAACAAAAAUAACAUACAUAGGGAGGAGG